CGCUGCUUUGUCGCAUCAUAUCUUUGCCAACAAGCUCCCACCUCAUUCAACCAACAUUCCUCCAUCCAACUCUCUCCAUCACCAUCGGCCCCGCGCCAAGUUUGAAUCACACGUCACAAACCUUUUAUACAAAACACGAUUUUCAACAUUUUGAGCGGUCGAAAACACAACUUCAUAUCAUGGCGCCUCUCAUUGCGCAGAUCGCUGAACUAGCAAAGCGCCGGGACGGCUGCGGGAGCGGUGGCUAUCGUGACUACGAUGGUGUUUGCCGCUACCAUUCCUCAUGGUAUUGGUGGGGACGCUGGGUCCUCGCCGGGGUGGCGGUCUUCAUCAUAAUCCUCGUCUUCGCCGGACUUUUCCGUAACUCGCGCCGUCGCAGGAGGCAAGGUGCUCAACCGAUGUACGGAACGGGGUGGAUGGCACCUGCGCCACCCCCUUACUACCCUCCGCCUCCGCAAUACUCGGCUCAGGAUCAAGCUCCGCCGGGCGGUUACAAAUAUGGCUCGGGUGAUGGGUAUUACGCCGGCAACCAAGAGGGUAUCCAAUUGCAGCAACCCCAGAGCGCCUACCACCGCGGUGCGGAGCCCGAAUAUGCGCCUCCCCCCGGACCCCCACCAGCCACCAAAUAAGUGGGAUUGAGACGAGGGGCACGGAGAUGGAGCUCGGAAGGCAGAGACCGCACUCGCUAUUUCGACUCGGAUAGGGGUAGCAGGGCAUCGGCGUUAUGGGACUGCGUUGAUAUGGGUGGGAAGCUGCCUACUUGGUAUGGAUCGGUUCGCGCGGCAUCCCGGUGUGGAUAAUGGGCUGGGACUCUCAUUGCACCUGUGGUUUACCACGCUUUUAUGCUGUCUUGUUUGCUACCUACUCUAAGUUAUAGCGAUAUUACCAGAUUCUCUCUGGGUCAAAGAGACAUGACUCGAAGUUCCUUGUGUGCAUGACGUAGGCUGGCCCGUGC